AUCGUUCGACUUUCUUUUUGUUUUCUUCGUGCCGGAGAAUGUGGUUGAUCGUGUACGCCUUUGUGGCACUCCCAAUAAUAUUGUAUGUGCUGCUCGAGCUGCGCGUGGCCAAAAAGAAGCGCCUACUGAACAAACUGAAUGGCCCGCCCACGUUGCCGUUCCUUGGCAAUGCCCAUCAAAUGGGCAACAGUCCGGCGGAAAUACUGAACACCAUCUUCGAGUUUUGGCAUAAAUACGAUAGGGAUAACUUUCGCUUUUGGAUUGGUUACUAUUCGAAUAUUUUGGUUGCAAAUCCCAAGCAUCUGGAGGUCAUUAUGAGCAGCAAUACGUUGAUAGAGAAAUCCGAUAUAUACGAUAUGCUGCAUCCCUGGCUGGGCGAGGGAUUGCUCACGAGCAAGGGCAGCAAAUGGCACAAGCAUCGCAAGAUGAUAACGCCCGCAUUCCAUUUCAAUAUCCUGCAGGACUUCCAUCAAGUCAUGAACGAGAACUCAGCCAAGUUCAUCAAGCGGCUGAAGGAAGUUUCGGCUGGCGAUAACAUCAUCGAUUUCCAGGACGAAACGCAUUACCUAACCCUGGAUGUCAUCUGCGAUACGGCCAUGGGCGUGCCGAUAAAUGCAAUUGAAAAGCGCGACACUGUGGAAGUCGUGAAGGCCUUCAAGGACAUGUGCUACAACAUCAAUAUGCGCGCCUUCAAUCCACUGAAGCGUAGCCACAUGCUCUAUCGUCUGGCCCCGGACUAUGCCGCCCAUGCGAGGACCCUGAAAAUUCUGCAAGAUUUCACCAACGACAUCAUCGAGAAGCGCAUCAAGGCGCAUCGCACGGGCGCCGCCAAGACGAGCGAGGGCAGCGAGUUCUCCCGCAAGAAGAUGGCCUUCCUGGACACGCUGCUCUCGGCCACCAUCGAUGGCCGUCCCCUGAAUCAGCAGGAGAUCUACGAAGAGGUCUCCACCUUCAUGUUCGAGGGCCACGACACGACAACCUCGGGCGUUGCCUUUGCUGGCUAUAUACUCUCCCGCUUUCCGGACGAGCAGCGAAAGCUUUAUGAGGAGCAGAAAGCCGUCAUGGGCAAUGAGCUGCAUCGCGAUGCCACAUUCCAGGAAAUCUCCGAGAUGAAAUACUUGGAUCUUUUCAUCAAGGAGGCGCAGCGAGUCUAUCCCAGCGUGCCCUUUAUCGGCCGUUACACAGACAAAGAUUACGAUAUACUUGGCACCAUUAUGCCCAAGGGCACUACCUUGAAUCUGGCCCUCAUCAUUCUGGGCUACGAUGAUCGGGUGUUCAAGGACCCGCAUCGUUUCCAGCCAGAACGCUUCGAGCAGCAGAAACCGGGACCCUUUGAGUAUGUACCGUUUAGCGCCGGGCCACGCAACUGCAUUGGCCAAAAGUUCGCUCUGCUGGAGCUGAAGACUGUCAUAUCGAAGCUGGUGCGCACAUUCGAAGUGCUGCCCGCCGUGGAUGAGCUGCUGUCCAGGGACGGAACGCUAAACACCUACUUGGGUCUGCCCAAGCAGGAGAAGGAGAAGCGGGAGCGACAGGGCCACAAGUACGAUCCCAUAUUGUCGGCUGUGCUGACCCUAAAAUCUGAGAACGGACUGCAUCUGCGCUUGCGGGAACGGAAAUAGCCGCUGAGCCUUUAGUAAUAGAAUAAGUUUUGUGGACACUUUAUUAUAAUU